UCUCCCAGCAUCAACUUUUGUGUCAGUAUGCUGUCAGCCUUGUUGUCUCGUAUUACCCCUCAGGUGCUGUCCCCUCACUCCUUUUCCCUCUUCUUCAUCUCUUUCUUUCUCUCUGUUUCUCUGCAACUCUCUUUCUCCAAUCUAGGGUUAUCACUUUUCACUUUUCCUCCACUGUUCUGCAAUCACUGUGCACAUUGGACGAGCUUAACAAAAGUCAGAUUGAGGUGAAUGCACGUCGUUGUCCUUAUACAUGAGUUACUCAUGGUUAAGAUCAAAAUUUGUUCGAGAGAUGCAAGGCCCUGUUAACCCCAGUUGUUUGUAUUCUACCAACCAUGGAUAAAGCCAUGCUGAUGUUGGAAAUUCAUUUCUGGCUCGCCUUUAUGGUCGUCCUUCAUUGUUACAGUGUGAUUUCCAGGGGUCGUAGGAUUGAAAGCUUUGCACGCCAUCUGGUAAUUUAUUGCUGCUAGUGGGAAUUCUGUUGUUGAUUCUAUAGAAAGUGGAAGAAUGGCAAAAUCUGGUGGGAGGCUGAUAACAGAAAAUUUAAUUAAUCAUAACCUACAAGGCUGGACAGACACUUUUCCUGAUAGUUCUUCCAAGGCAAUGGUUGGCUUGAGAAGUGGUAGUAAUUUUGUAUUCCAUAAUAUUCAGAGCAGUAAUACUGCUGCCCAGCUCUCAUUUCCUGGCGGUGAGAAAGCAAGGGAGUCCUUUUCUUCAAGUGGGCAGGGGCAAUGCCAUGUUACAAGCCCUAUAUCUAGUCUAAAUGUUUGCUGCUCAAAUGCUCAAACUGCUUCAAAAAUUGCGGUAGAACAGAGCUCGUCUAAAUAUGCAUCUCCUCUUACGAGUGGCUGUCCCCGGGUGUUCUGCAUGGGAAAAAGUGGCUAUCUUCUUAUCAGCAAUACAGGACUUCUUGGCAUUGUUUGCUCAUGUCAUUUUUGUCACAUGUCCGUCCUCAAGUUCUGUGAGCAUUCAGGGAUACAUGGUGUCAACCCUGGGGAUGCUGUCUGUAUGGAAAGUGGUGAGACCAUUGCACAAUGGCAGAAACUAUACUUCUUGAAGUUUGGGAUUAGGUCUCAGGGGAAUGAGAAUGAAUGGGACUGGCCAGAAGUACUAUCAACAACAGGCUGUCUGAUGAAGUCCAAUGCAUCUGCAUCUGAUAUGUGCAAGAGCGAUUUUCCUCAAAUUCUAUGUUCUUCUGCAAUCACAUUAAGGUCUGGAAGGUCUUCUGACUAUGUUAUGUUUCCAAGGAGUGCUGAUACAUACCACAAUUUAUAUAAUGGCGCAUUGUCCAGAAAACAAAUAACAACAAUCCAGGAUGGUUCCAACACUCCGCACAAAGGUUUUACCGGUAUUUCACAAAACAACUUUCAUGAACGAGUGAAACCUAAGGCUACCUAUAUGACUGCAACAAACAUCGGUGGUGCGCACAUAGAUGUUGAAAGUCAGCAUAUCCCUCAUUUCCUUCAUUCUCCAAAAAGGCAUGGAAACUUAUCAAUUGAUCACUCCCCCUCACAAACUCCAACAAGCCUUCUAAGAGACCAUGCAUGCAUCAAAAUGAAUAAUGCAAAGGAAGGUCUAGUAGGAGCAGAUGCAGCUUCCUCUAAUUUUGAGCUUAGGCUUGGUCAACCACCUCAGACAGUAAAUACAGUUCCAUCACUGUUUAAUGCCCUAGCCAGUCCUUCAAAAUUGCAACCUCAGGAGCACAUGAUUAAUAGUGCAGACCUCAGCAGGGAGGAGAAAUUCCAGAAUAAUAUUGCCUAUGCUGCUAGCUCAUUGAAAAUGGUUGAAGAACAACCUCAGUUUAGAGCUACGAACUAUUUGUCUGGUGUUAAUAAUGCUUCAGCUACUGCUAGAGCUAGAUCACAAAAUGUAAAUGUGGCUAAGAGUUUAUUGUUUUCACCAUUUCCACAAUUUAAUCAUCAGCCGAACGGAAAGACAAAAACAAGCGAAAUUUUAGUGAAUGAUAGUGGGCCUAUCAUGCACAGGAAAGGGCAUUCUGAAUGUUGUAACAUGCAGCUUAGUCCUACUAAUGUUCUCUGUAAUAGUAAUGGUCGUGCAGAAAGGGAAUCAAAUAAUUCUGCACAAGUAUCUAAUAACUAUUUGGCCAAUGAUAAGGGUGUGAGCUUUGCUAAAGACUGUUGUGCCAAAAUAAAUUCAGAAUUUGGAAUCAGUCAGUUCAUGGAUCUUGACUCCAUCACAAGAGCUGUUAGUGGUAGUGAUAGUUAUAUUUCAUCUGUUAAUGUAAGGAUCAAUGAAUCAAGCCUGUCACCAAAUACUUCUGCCAAUACAAAUUUUUUCCAAGGUUCAAAAAAUAAAUCUUCUUUUGGACAAGACAAUCACGAGACUUCAGGGACAGCCAUUGCAUUUGAGGGAAUUUUGAAUGGGCUUCCCAACCAUUUUUCAAGCUCUACGGCAAAUCAGACACCUACUUUUCUGCAAAAACAGGAUAUUAAUAUGAAUACUUGUUUGCUUGAUGAAAAUAUGAGGUUGCUUGCGAAGACACAGAUACUGGAAUUAUCACAGCAGCAACAUGCAUUGUCUUUUCAUCAUAUGAAUCAAAAGCAAGGGAGAUCCAGCAAUAUUUCAAAAGCUCAGCACUAUAUCUAUGAGACCUCAACAUCUGAACAGGGUACUUCUGGUGUGUCAUUGACAUUGCCCCAAAAUAGAGGGUUUUGUGGAAAUGAUGAUGGUUUUAACAAACAGGCUUCCCUCGUAGGACUGAACAAAUAUUGUCUCUCUGCAUUGGGACCAAUUCCUUUACAUUCUGUACAAAAGGAAUCACAAUGUAAAUGUUCCUGUGAUCUUCGCCAUGAUGAGCCAUCGUUAAGCCUUGGAAUAAGCAAAGACAAUAUCAGAUCAUGUUCAUGUGAAAAAUGCUCUGAGCAACCAUCAGAUACACAUUUGGUAGACAAAUGCACUUGUGCUGCUCGGGUGAACUUUUCUGGAAGAAAAUUUUACUUGGGAAUUGAGCCCUCUCAUUAUAUCUUAAAACAGCAAUUUGAAAUUGCCAGUGGUGAAACUUCCUUAAAGAGAGCUUCCAAAUGUAAAAGAGAUCAGAAUGCUUCCAAGGGUGAAAAUAUCCACUUUGAGCAAGAUGGGAAGUUAAAUGGCCAAUGCUCAAUCAAAAUUGGCACUCAGACACCUCAAUGGAGAGAUGUGCCAAGUAAGGUCAGGAAAGCAGCUUGUGGUGCAUUGUCUUCAGACCAGAGAGAUACUGUUUUGGAUUCCAAAGGAAAAGACAGUAUUCAACAUGGAAACUUCUGUGCCAAUCGCUUCAAAAGAAAUAUUCAUAAGGUAGACUGGUUGAAAGAGCAAGAAAAUUUUAAUGCUUCUUCAGGAUAUUCUGCUCAUGUGGUAUCUCAGGCAUCUGCAGAGGCCAGCAAGGUUGAUUCUUGUACUGUUGAUGUGGUAGACACUGGUUGUGGCGACAACCUUAUAGUUGACGAGGGAUCAGGAAUUGAUAAAGGCUGGUCAUCUGAUGUGGCUGAAAAUGAAAUAAGUUCUGAGCUUCUAAGCUUAACGAGUGGAGGUUACUUGAGAAAUGGUUAUCUGAGAGGCUCAAAUGAUCAAACUUGUCACAGCCCCCUUGAUGAGCAUAAAGUAUCAGAUUCUUUGAUGUGGAAAAAAGACCGGGAUCAAAAUCACAUUGUUCUUUCUGCUAAUUGUCAAGCCAAUCAAUCUGAGAAUGUCAAGAAAGGCUUAAAAGGUAAAAAGCGAAAGAGAAAUGAGAAGACGAUGUUAGACGCUUCACUGCCUUCGGGAAUCUCUUCCUUAUUGGAUAAUAACGAGGAUGGUGAAAGUACUGUACUUUUUAAGACCCAUUCAAGUUUGUCCAAAGUAACACAAAUGUACUUUUCAUGUAGCCACCAAAGAUCAUCUAACAAGACUUCUAUUUCUCAGCCUAGUACCAAACAAAGACAUGCUGCAUUUUCAUCCAAAUUCCUUUCUUGUAAUAAUCAUCCAAGCAAAAACCUCAGUGACAAAGAUAGCCAUGACUCAGAAUCAAAUAUCGAUGCUAGGUUUCAAACAUUGCCUGAAGUUUCUGGAAUAAAUAAAUUGAAAAAGGGUUUCACUUCUGAUUGUUUUGGGAACUCUCAAAUGCCAGAUCUAUCCUAUACAGAACAUGGAAAUGCUAAGCUGAGGUCAUUCAAUAGCAGGAAAGCAAAUGCUCAUAGAACAACAAGGCCAGUUGUAUGUGGAAAGUAUGGUGAGAUAUCUAGUGGACACUCGGCUAUAGAAGAAUCAAAACCAGCUAAAAUUGUUCCUCUCAGCAAGGUUCUUAACACUUCAAAAAGAUGUAUGGUCCCUACAAAUGGCAAAUCUAGACUAACUUCAAAAAAGAACCGGAAGAGAUGGAAGUUCGGUACCAGUAGCGGGCAUUACUGUGGGCAACCUGGUUUAAAAACUGAGGAAGAUGAUGAAACCCAUAACACAACGAUCUGCAAUGAAUCAAACAUUGAUAUGUCAAUGGAAGAUUUGGUGAGGGGCAGCAAGCCAUAUGUUAUGUAUAAAGGGAUGAAAGAUGAUACCAAAACUACGGAGUGUGAUAAGAUUGUAAAUAGAGCUGAUGCUCAAUUGAAGGUAAAGAAAAAGGAAAUUCGGAAACAGCGAAGCAUUAAUGAACUCACUGCUAAAGAGAAUUAUUUCCCUGAGAAACGCCCACUCACGUAUGAUCCUAUUGAUGAGAUGGACAGUCGACAAGAAAGGGAAUUUUCCUGUGCCAGGACAGACGGUUACAAGGGCCGUAGAUUGGAUGGUUUGCAGAAUAAUCAUUACAGUGCCUUAAAAGCCAAGGGGGCAUGCCUUGUUCCUGAGGAGCAGUUAAAUGCUUGGAUUCACAUUAAUGGGCAGAAAUUGUAUUCACAGGGACUCCCAAAAUUUCCAGAUUCAGAUAUUGAGCAUGAUUGUAGGAAGGAAUAUGCCCGGUACAAGCAAGCAAAGUGCUGGAAACACCUUGUUGUAUACAAAUCUGGGAUACAUGCUCUUGGUCUCUACACUUCUCGAUUCAUUUCUCGAGGUGAAAUGGUUGUCGAGUAUGUUGGUGAAAUUGUGGGGCUACGUGUGGCUGAUAAAAGAGAAAGUGAAUAUCAUUCAGGAAGGAAACUGCAGUACAAGAGUGUCUGCUACUUCUUUAAGAUAGACAAAGAACAUAUUAUAGAUGCCACAAGGAAAGGGGGGGUGGCUCGAUUUGUUAACCACUCAUGCCUGCCAAAUUGUAUUGCAAAAGUGAUUACUAUAAGGCAUGAGAAGAAGGUUGUCUUCUUUGCAGAGAGGGACAUAUUUCCUGGUGAAGAGAUUACGUACGACUACCACUUUAACAAUGAAGAUGAAGGAAAGAAGAUUCCAUGUUAUUGCAAUUCAAAAAAUUGCAGGCGCUAUAUGAACUGAAUGUCGCAUAUGUGAAUAGCAUGAUACCUUACCUGUUUGACCCCCAUAGGCAUAUUAACUUGUGGGGCACUUUGUAGUGCUUAUUACACUCAUAAGUAUUUCUUUGCCUAUCAAUCUGGGAAGGGGGAAUUCAAGGUACCGCGUUGUGAACAGGUAUCAUGUGAAGUUAAUGGAUAGUCAUUGUAAAUAUAACCAGCAAUCUAGCAUGAAUUGGAGACAUGAUCGAUGGGCUACACUUUGCGUUCAUGUUCUUGUAAACUUACAUCUGUUUUCAUUGUGUAUGUUGUGAAAAUUCUAUAUUUUAGUUCUUAAUGGUAACUUACCUGAGAAUUGACGAUAAA